UCUGCGCCUGCGCCGUCUGCCUUCCCCAGUCCCGGGGGGAAAACAAACCCGGAGCCGACGUCGCGCACUCCGGGGACUCCGGGCCGGGUCGCUCUUCCCUCUUCCAGUGCGGCUGCGGGUCGAGUCCCCCCGAAAGCUCCGCGGGGGUGUGGGGAGGUGAUCUCAUCCAUUAACAGCUGUGUGCUGCCAGUUCCCAAAUCUUUAUCUAUCUCAGACUUCUCUCCUGCAUUCCAGAUUCUUAUAUUCAACUGCCUAUUGGACAGCUCCCCCAGGAUGUUCUUAAGACAUACAGGAAUUAAAUUCUGAAUAGACCUAGAAGUAGAAUGGACAGUUAUUUUAAAGCAGCGGUCAGUGAUUUGGACAGACUUCUUGAUGAUUUUGAACAGAAUCCAGAUGAACAAGAUUAUCUUCAAGAGGCACAAUAUGCAUAUGAUUCUAAUCAUUGUUCAGUCUCUUCAGAAUUGGCUUCCUCACAACUAACUACGUUGCUAUCAAAGGAUCAGCAAUGCAUUAAUUGUGCCUCAUCUGAUACUUGCUAUGAAACAAAUAAGAUUUCCCUAAAUGAAAAAACUCUCGAGGGAUUAACUUCUGUACAAAAUGAAAAAAAUGUUACAGGACUUGAUCUUCUUUCUUCUGUGGAUGGUGGCACUUCAGAUAAAAUCCAACCUUCAUAUAUGGGACGAUGUAGUAAACCUGUCUGUGAUCUGAUAAGCGACAUGGGUAACUUAGUUCAUGUAACUAAUAGUGAAGAAGAUAUUAAAAAACUAUUGCCAGAUGAUUUUAAGUCUAGUGCAGAUUCUUUGAUUGGAUUGGAUUUAUCUUCAGUGUCAGAAACUCUUUGUGAUUCUUCAUUAGGCCAUGGCGAUAAUACUGUCAGAGAGGAACAGAAUGAUACCAACUCUGAGUUGCAAAGUAGAGAAAUCAAAGGAACUAAAAAAUUGGAUAUAAAAGUAGAUACAACACUUUCAGAUUCAUAUAAUUAUGAUGGAAAAGAAAAUUUAAAAGAUAAGUUUUCUAAUCAGUUAGAACCAGUUGUUGAUUUCAACAUGCCAUCUGCUUUGAGUCAACAAAGUUCCAAAACAUUUGAUGCCAAAGACCACCUACGGCCCAAGAACCAGCCUUGUGAAAUAAAAGCUGAUGGUUUUUUGGUAAAAGAAGAAGUAGAUAUGGCAGUCACAGCUGCCACAGAAUACCUAAAAGAAGACAGCACAAGUGGUUUGCCUUACAGUCUUCCACAAAAUGAAGGUUUGUGCUUUAAUGAAUCAAAUUCAGGAGAUGAAUAUACCAAAUUAUAUGAUUUUUCCUUUCAGGAAGAUAGGACUGCUAUAUUUAUAAAACAGUCUGCAAAAGAAGACUCAAGAAGUACCGAUCUUAAAGAUAAUAAAGAUAUAGCCCAAGAUUCCUCUUCAACUUUACAUGUUCUAAGCGAAAAUAUUUAUUCAUCAUUGUCUUGUCUUCCAGUGCCUGGGUCUUUGUGUGGAUCAUUAAUUGAAAGUAAAGCUCAUGGUGAUUGUUUAACUCAAAAUGACUCUAAAGAUAAUAUACAAAAUACAGUAACUGAGGAUGAAGAAAUACCGAAAAGUAUUAUUCUAGGUGGGGAGCAAUUGAAGGAGGCUGAUUUUUUGAGACAGGAAAAAUGUGAAAAGAUUCACGAGCCACUAAGUGAGAAGACAGGGGACAGAAAGUUAGAUCCUGACGAGACAGUAGGCACAGUUGAAUCUUUGGAUUACCCAGAUCGUAUCAAUUUUUCUACUGCUGCAGAAGCUCAAAUGGAACUUUCUGGUGCAAAUGACCCAGAAUCUCCUGAUCAUUGUGAAGAUCUCACUUUUUCAAACAGUAUUGAUGGGCAAGACUUAGAUUACUUUAAUAUUGAUGAAGGCAUUAAGAGUGGUGCAUUAAUUAGUGAUGCUGAACUUGAUGCUUUUUUGACAGAACAGUAUCUUCAGACUGGUAACAUGAAGUCUUUUGAACAAGAUGUGAAUGUCUCAAAAACUCAGAUGAAUCAGAUAGAUAUGAAAGGCUUAGAUGAUGGGAACAUCAAUAAUACGUAUUUCAAUGCCAAAGCAGGAGCUACUGGGGAAAGUCCUGGUGUUAAUAUGAUUUAUGAGGCAGUUGAUAAACAAAAAACAACAGAAAAUGGUGACCUUUCUUUAGAGGAAAAAAGCUCAGUUCCAAUUGAACAGUUAUCUAGCAGUAAGUCUGAAAUUACAAAUGAAUUAUCAGUCUCUGAUAUUAACAGCCAAUCUGUUAAUGUUGGAGGGGCUAGACCUAAGCAAUUGUUUAGUAUUCCAUCAAGAACAAGAAGUUCAAAGGAACCAAAUAAACCAGAUGUUCCAAAUAUGCCAGAAAGUGAGCCCAGCAUAGCAAAUACUGUUGCUUCAACCACUUGUACUGCAAAUUCUACAACUGAUCAUCAGGUUGGUUUCAACUCUAAUUACAUUGAUAUAGAAAGUAAUUUUGAAGGUGGAUCCAGUUUUGCAACUGAAGAAUCCCGACCUGCAAUCACUUGUAAAGAAGGCCUGGUUUUGGGCCAGAAACAACCUCCUUGGGUUCCUGAUUCAGAAGCUCCAAACUGUAUGAACUGCCAAGUCAGAUUUACUUUUACAAAACGGCGACACCAUUGCCGAGCCUGUGGGAAAGUAUUUUGUGGUGUCUGUUGUAAUAGGAAGUGUAAAUUACAGUAUCUAGAAAAGGAAGCAAGAGUAUGUGUAGUCUGCUAUGAGACUAUUAAUAAAGCUCAGGCAUUUGAACGGAUGAUGAGUCCAACUGGUUCUAAUCUUAAAUCCACUCAUUCUGAUGACUGUGCCACUAAUCAGCCUCUUCAGGAGACUCAAACAUCCGGUACACCUUCACCUACAACUUUACCGAUCUCAGCACUUAAACAACCAAGUGUUGAAGUUCUAGGAUUAUGCUCCAAAGAACAGAAGAGAGUAUGGUUUGCAGAUGGUAUAUUGCCCAAUGGUGAAGUUGCAGAUACAACGAAAUUAUCAUCUGGAACUAAAAGAUGUACAGAAGACUCUAGUCCUCUUUUACCUGAUGUGCCCUUGAAGGUAAACACACUGGAUCAUACCCAUCCUGCUCCAGUGGAAAAACCAGACAAUGAGAUAGGAGAUAUUACAGGAAAAGAGAUAAUUCAGAGUCCUGUUUCUCAGGUUACAUCUGUGGAAAAACUGCCUAUAAACACAGGAACUGAGGAAUUACCUACUUCUGCUUCUUUAACAACACUAGAUGAUAAUGUAUUUGCAGAAAUUGAAGAAUCAUCUAGUUCUCCUAGUGUUUUAGUUAACAAGUUACCUGUUGUUAGUGCUUCAGAUUAUAGAUUAUUGUGUGGUGUUGACCAGCAUGUUUGUAAGAAGAUUAGUCUUCUACCUAAUGAUGAAGACGGCUUGCCCCCUCUUCUGGUUGCAUCUGGAGAAAAGGGAUCAGUGCCUGUAGUUGAAGAACACCCAUCUCAUGAGCAAAUCCUUUCCCUUUUUGAAGAUGAAGGUUUUGGUCCUGUUACAUUUGUCCUAAAUGCUAAUCUGCUUGUGAAUGUCAAGUUAGUAUUUUAUUCCUCAGACAGAUAUUGGUACUUCUCAACCAACGGAUUGCAUGGCUUGGGACAGGCAGAAAUUAUUAUUCUGUUGUUAUGUUUGCCAAAUGAAGAUACUAUUCCUAAGGACAUCUUCAGACUGUUUAUCACCAUAUAUAAGGAUGCUGUAAAAGGAAAAUACAUAGAAAAUUUGAACAAUAUUACCUUUACUGAGAGUUUUCUCAACAGCAAGGAUCAUGGAGGAUUCCUGUUUAUUACACCUACUUUUCAGAAACUUGAUGAUCUGCCAUUACCAAGUAAUCCUUUUCUUUGUGGAAUUCUUAUCCAGAAGCUAGAGAUUCCUUGGGCAAAGGUUUUUCCUAUGCGUUUAAUGUUAAGACUGGGUGCAGAAUAUAAAGCAUAUCCUGCUCCUUUAACAAGUGUCAGAGGCCGAAAACCCCUUUUUGGAGAAAUAGGACACACUAUUAUGAACUUACUUGUUGACCUUAGAAAUUACCAGUAUACCUUGCAUAAUAUAGAUCAACUGUUGAUUCAUAUGGAAAUGGGGAAAAGCUGCAUAAAAAUACCUCGGAAAAAAUACAAUGAUGUAAUGAAAGUAAUAAAUUCUUCUAAUGAACAUGUCAUUAGCAUUGGGGCUAGUUUUAGCACAGAAGCAGAUUCUCAUCUAGUCUGUGUACAGAAUGAUGGAGGUUAUCAAACACAGGCCAACAGCGCCACUGGCCAUCCUAGAAAAGUGACAGGUGCAAGUUUUGUAGUAUUCAAUGGUGCUCUAAAGACUUCUUCAGGAUUUCUUGCUAAGUCUAGCAUAGUUGAAGAUGGCUUAAUGGUACAAAUAACUCCUGAGACCAUGGAUGGCUUGCGGCUAGCUCUGCGAGAACAAAAAGACUUUAAAAUUACAUGUGGAAAAGUGGAUGCUGUAGACCUCAGAGAAUAUGUGGAUAUAUGCUGGGUAGAUUCUGAAGAAAAAGGAAACAAAGGUGUUAUUAGUUCGGUGGAUGGAAUAUCAUUGCAAGGAUUUCCAAGUGAAAAAAUGAAACUGGAAGCAGAUUUUGAAAAUGAUGAAAAGAUUGUAAAAUGUACUGAGGUGUUCUACUUUCUAAAGGACCAAGAUUUAUCUGUUUCAGCAACUCCUUAUCAGUUCGCAAAAGAAAUAGCCAUGGCUUGUAGUGCUGCACUGUGCCCUCACCUGAAAACUCUAAAGAAUAAUGGAAUGAAUAAAAUUGGCCUCAGAGUUUCCAUUGAUACUGAUAUGGUUGAAUUUCAGGCAGGAUCUGAAGGCCAACUUCUGCCUCAGCAUUAUCUAAAUGAUCUUGAUAAUGCUCUAAUUCCUGUGAUCCAUGGUGGGACCUCCAACUCUACUAAUUUACCACUAGAAAUAGAAUUAGUAUUUUUCAUUAUAGAAAAUCUUUUUUAGUGAAAGGACAUGAGUUAUAUAUUGCAAACUAAUUUGUUAAAACUAACCCCAGCACUAAAGCUGAAAUGCCACAAACACUAAAAGUAAGUAUGUUUAAUGUCCAAAACACCUUAAGCUUUGCUUUUUAGGUAAGAAUGUUUUUUUAUUUUAGUUACUAACAAUAUUCAAAUCUCUAAAAAUUUAAGAUAUUUACAGUUUUUGAAGCUUUAUACUUCAAAAAUUCUAAAAAGAUAAAUUCCUCAGUAAGAAACUUGUAGCAUUUACUGUGUUAUUUAAAUGCUAAGCCAAAGUAUCUGCAUUUUAGGUAUACCUCUUUAUUCCAAGAAUGAUUUUAAUGAAGGCUCUUUUCAGAUGUAAUCUUAUGCAGGAAAUAUUUGCUUUAUGUUAAAUUGUUUUUUAGUGGCACAGACCUGUUUCCAAAUCUUGAACUUACAUGAUUUUUUGAAUAAGGCAGAUAACUUACUUGUAUAAUUGGAGUGGAGAUCUACCUCCAUGAUUAGAUAAACACUGAUUGUUUGAAUUAAAAUCAGAAUUUUGCCUUUUUCUCCUCAAAUUAUUAUUAUAUGAUUUUCUUGAUUAAAUGGGUAUUCUUAAAAUAAUUGGUGGUGCUUCAAGAUUUUGUGCUUCUAUAUUUAAGUAUAUUGUUUUUAUAGUGAGACCAUGUGAUUCAGUAUGUGUUUUAUAAAUGUUUAAUAAUUUAUAAAUAGGUAAUAUUUUUGUAUCACAGUGCAUUAUUUUUCUUCCUUCUAAUGUAUACCACUGUAUUUAUCACUUUUAAGAGUGAUUGAUGACAGGCCAGAUGACCUUUGAAGUAGUCAUUAUGUAGCAAUAAAUAAAGCCUACAACAGUUGUUUUUUUUUUUUUUUUAAUUUUCCCUUAGAAGUGUCUCGCAACUGCAUAUUUUCAUUGACAUCUAUGUAUUCAGUAUAAAUUUUAAUGGGUGACUUUUGCAUAUUUAAGAUUCUUUAUAUGGCAGAUAUUUUUUAUAACAGGGUAUUAACAUAAGUUAUAUUCUGUGUAUUUGAAACUUAGAGAGCUUUCCUCUUCAGCAAAAUACAAAAAGGUGUGUUAUGUAGGAAAAAAAAGUAAAGGACAUAUUUUCGUUAGUCCUGUCAUUUAAAUUAUAUAAAAUGUAGUCAUUAUUUUGAUGGCUUUUUUACUCUGUGGAUUACAUGUUUUUGUAUCACAAACACGUAUCUCAAGAAAAAUAAACUACACUAAAUAGUCCUGUUUCAAGAAAAAUAUUUAUAAACAUCUCAAUUUGAAGAUCAUGUGAGAGUUCUGUCUAAGGCUAGGAGAGACUGACAAAUUUCACCAUUUGGGCAUAUAGUUCCUUCUGAGUUACAUCUAUAGUAUAGCCAGAGAUAGUAUGGACAAGAAUAUCAACUUUUUGGAAGUAGGUAUUUCAUAAGUAGUGUAAAAUGUCACAGAUAUUAAAUACUUUAAGUGACAACAUGUAAUAACUUGUGAAAUUUAUUGAAGUGGUAUAAGAUAAAGAAGACUUGCAUAUCAAACUCACUGUUCUUUAUGUAGUGUGCUUAUUUUGCACUAUAAGUAACAGUAUAACCUGUGAAUAUUGAACUCACCUUCAGAUAACCAAACAGUGGAGAGCUCUUUAUUGGAUACAUUUGGAUUUGUUUGCAUUUAAUAAAAAUGUAAAUUAUUAUGUGCCUAAAAUUUAGAGGCACAUUUUAAAGUAUUAUUUAUAGAUACAUUUCUGAAAACAUUUGUUACUGUACGGUCAUGUUCUUGUUGGUAAUUAUUUAAAUUUUAAAUUGUUUUAAAGGUGAAGAAAAAGAACAGUUCUUUGUACUCAGUCUGUAUUGAUCUACUUUUGGUCUUAGGUCUUUUAAUACUAUUUUCUUUCUCUGAAUUUUUGAAAUAGGUAGUAAAAUCUAGCCCAUUUGUAUUAUGCAGCCAUCCAGCAAGUUUUGUCUUUAUACCUGCUCUGUGCAGAGCACUUUACUAGGCUUCAUUGCUUGGAAGAGGAAUGAAAUAGCUCUUUCCCUCUUGCAGCUGAAUGUGUGAAGUGGAUGGUUAACAAAGUAAAAGUGUUUGCUGUAAUAGAGCUAUGAAUCAUGACUAGGUCGUUGAAAACCAACACAGGAUAGUCAUGCCAAGAAUGAGAGGGAAACCUAAAAUCCUGCUAUAGGAAGUAAGCAUUAAACUUGUCUAGGCAAGAGUUGAAAAUCUGACAAGUAGAUAAUACAUGGAAAGACUGAACUUUGCUUUUUAAGGAGGUUUAUUUUAAAGAAUCUUCUGUGUCGUAUGAAUAGCUCACUUUAUAAUUUAAUCAGAAAAGUAGUAGACUGUGAACUGCUUAAGUUUAUAAUAGCCUAGAUUUAGAUACUGUUUCUCAAGUGAAGACCAGAAAGUUGUUUCUAUCAAACUGAACUUUUUUAAUAACAAGCAUAACUUUGAUAACUUGACUUAAAAUUUAAAGAGACUAUCUUGAAAUAAACCACAAACUUCCUAACCAUCCUUGGGUUUUUAUUUCUUCG